AUGGAACUCAGCAAGUGGUGCAGCUCAGGCACCCAAGAUUUGAGAUGGAGCCAAGGCUAUGCAAAAAGCCGGUACGACCGGAUGCUUUCAAUCAAAGUGUUGGUGACCAGAUCAAAGCUGCCAAGGUGGAGAAUGCUAUGGAGAAAGCUGAUGAGAGAAAAGAAGAAGAUCUUUGAUUGUUCAUCGAGUACUCGGGUGCAUGUUUCUUAUGAUCCUUGCACAUAUGCGCAGAAUUUUGAUCAGGGCUUGAUGUCAGCUGAUCCUGAUGACCUCUCCAGGUCUUUUUCAGCUCGGUUUGCUGUUCCCUCAAGGGUUUUGAGAAGAGUGGAUGCAAGUUAA